GCCAAUCGUGGAGCGCGCCGAGGGUCCCCGACCCGGGACCGGACGCCGGUAGUCGCGCAGGCUCACGUCGCGGCCGCCCCUUCUUUGCGAGCGAGCUGCGGGCCUACGAAGUGCUGCAGUCGUUUGCUUGACCUCUCGACCCAGUGCGGCUGGCCGGGGGAGGCCCGGUCCGCGCGGGAGGCAGGCGGAGGUGCGGCGGAAUCCCGGCCGCUGCCUUCGCAGGCGCCCGUCGCCGGCCGCGCCUUCCUAGCGAACUCCAUGCAUCCGGAGCCCGCCCCGCCCCCGAGCAGCAGCAACCCGGAGCUUCCCCUGAGCGGCGGUAGCAGCACCAGCGGCAGCCGCCGGAGCCGCCGCCGCAGCGGGGACGGGGAGCCCUCGGGGGCCCCGCCGCCCGCCGUCAGCUACCCGGACUGGAUUGGCCAGAGCUACUCCGAGGUGAUGAGCCUCAACGAGCACUCGAUGCAGGCGCUGUCCUGGCGCAAGCUCUACUUGAGCCGUGCCAAGCUCAAAGCCUCCAGCCGGACCUCGGCUCUGCUCUCCGGCUUCGCCAUGGUGGCGAUGGUGGAGGUGCAGCUGGAUACUAACCAUGACUAUCCACCGGGGCUACUCAUCGUCUUCAGCGCCUGUACCACCGUGCUGGUGGCCGUGCACUUGUUUGCACUCAUGAUCAGCACAUGCAUCUUGCCCAACAUUGAGGCCGUGAGCAACGUCCACAACCUCAACUCAGUCAAAGAGUCACCUCAUGAGCGCAUGCAUCGCCACAUUGAGCUGGCCUGGGCCUUCUCUACUGUCAUUGGGACGCUGCUCUUUCUGGCUGAAGUUGUGCUGCUCUGCUGGGUCAAGUUCUUACCCCUUAAGAAACAUCCAGGCCAGCCGAUCCCCACCACCACGCAGCCUCCUGAGAUAAUUAACAGUGGUGGCAUUACCCCAGGCCAGGCGGCAGCUAUCGCUUCCACUGCCAUCAUGGUCCCCUGUGGCCUGGUCUUUAUUGUUUUUGCUGUCCAUUUCUACCGCUCACUGGUCAGCCAUAAGACGGACCGACAGUUCCAGGAGCUCAAUGAGCUGGCUGAGUUUGCCCGCUUGCAGGACCAGCUGGACCACAGAGGGGACCACUCCCUAACUCCCGGCACCCACUAUGCCUAAGCCCUGGUCCUCACACUGGGCCCUGCGGAGCUCUGGCCUUACGCUCUUCUUGUCCUGCCCCAGUCCUGAGGACAGCCUGUGCAGGCAGCUGGGCUUCACUAGGGCAAAAAGUUGGGGGAAAAGGCUUUUUAAAAAAAAAAAAAAAAAAUCUGCACUUUGAGACUUCUAAGAGAAUAAGCACUCCCUGUUCUUCCAGCUCUAGGGCCCCUCUUGGUAGGAGGUUGGGGGAGAGAGCUGGGACAGAUGCUCUCUUUGUCCCUUCAUCUCCCCUGGGCCAGUGCCACCCGGAUGCUUCCUGUCCUUUCCUCUCAACCUCCCUUUCCAGUUCAAUGCCAAAUGCGUGUGUGUGUGUGUGUGUGCGUGUGUGUGUGUGUGUGAACACAUAAACAUAUUCACAAGGGACACUUCCUCAUGUCUGUAUUUGUUUGGUCUGUGCUACCUGAUGUCAUUUUUCUGGUGCCCCAGUCCACUGAGCCCCUAAAUAAAGGUUUUUAAAAAUUGGGA